AGCUGUUUGAUCUAAUAAAUAAAGGAGUGCAUGAAGUUUUAAACUGUUGUGAAAUGAAAUAUCUUUGAUUUUCUAAAUAAAUUAUUUCCUAAAAAAUUAAUUAAAAUGAGUACUCACGAAGAAGAUGAAAUUGAAGAUUUGCGAUCAACUGUUUACACUUUCCCUAGUAGUGUACAAUCAGUUAUAGAACAGGUUUUACCAAGUAAUGAUCCUCUAGAUCAACCAAAUUUCAAUACUGUGGAUUAUAUAAAUUCUUUAUUUCCAACUGAACAAUCACUUUCAAAUAUAGACGAUGUUGUGAGUAAAAUGGAAUAUAAAAUUUGCAAUAUAGAUAAAGAAAUACGUUCUGUUGUACGUGGACAAACAAACGUUGGUCAAGAUGGAAGAGCAGCUUUAGAAGAUGCACAAAAAGUUAUAAAACAACUUUUUAUUCACAUUAAAGAUAUUAAAGACAAAGCUGAACAAUCUGAGGAGACUGUUAAAGAAAUAACAAGGGACAUUAAGCAACUUGAUUUUGCAAAAAGAAAUUUGACUGCUUCAAUAACGGCCUUAAAUCAUUUACACAUACUCGUCGGUGGAGUUGAUAAUUUAAAAGUUCUUACACAAAAUAAACAAUAUGGUGAUAUUGUUUUACCACUACAAGCUAUUAUGGAAGUAAUAAAACAUUUUAAUAAUUACAUGGAUAUUCCACAAAUAAAACAAUUGGCUGAUGAGGUUCAACAAAUUCAUGUAGAAUUGGCUCAACAAAUAACUUUAGAUUUUAAAGAAUCAUUUUCGGGACAAAAUCCGAAACAUUUUUCACAAUUGACAGACGGUUGUUUAGUAUUAUCGGUUUUAGAACCAAAAGUAAAAAAAGAGUUACUCACUUGGUUUGUUGGAGUUCAACUUCAAGAAUACGCACAUCUUUUUGAUGAGAAUCAAGACUUUGCAUGGCUCGAUAAAAUUGAUCGUCGUUAUGCAUGGAUAAAGAAGCAUCUAUUAGAUUUUGAAUCAAAAUUUGGAACAAUAUUUCCCCUCGAUUGGGAAAUAUCCGAACGUAUUGCUGUUCAAUUUUGUAAUGUAACACGUGAUGAUCUUACAAAAUUAAUGCAUAAAAGACGACCCGAAAUAGACGUUAAAUUAUUAUUGUACGCUAUUCAAAGGACGACAAAUUUUGAAAAUUUAUUAGCUAAACGUUUCUCGGGAAUUACAUUAGAAAGUCCUGAUACAAAUAUUAAAAGUAUCACAAUUGUUCCUGUAAUUGAUGAAAAUGCAGUACCUGGAAAUCCAUUUGAAGAAAAUAAUGAAAAAAUUGAAAAUGAAAAACCACCAGUAUCACCAUUUGCAAAUUUGAUAGGAAGAUGUUUUGAGCCUUAUUUAAAUAUUUACAUUGAAAGUUUAGAUAGAAAUCUAUCGGAUUUAAUGGAAAAAUUUGUUAUGGAUUGUAAAACACAACCACCUGGUGCAAAAGAUUCUGAUGGUGUUGAAGGACCAAGUACCGUUCUUUCAUCAUGUGCGGAUUUAUUUAUUUUUUAUAAAAAAUGUAUGUUGCAAUGUACUCAACUUAGUACUGGAUCAAUUAUGUUGAAUCUUGCAGAAACAUUUCAAAAAUAUCUUCGUGAAUAUGCUUUAAAAGUUCUUCAGAAUAAUUUGCCCAAAGUUGGAGGAAGUGCUGGAAUUGGCACAAGUAUGAGUAAUAUUACAAGAGAUUUUCGAGAUUUAUCCACGGCUGGACUUAUUCAAAAUUUUCAAAGUUUUUUAAAAGAAGGUGAAAAUACGAGAUUCAGUAAAGAAGAACAAUCGCGAAUUUGUUGCAUUUUGACAACUGCUGAAUAUUGUUUAGAAACAACUCAACAAUUAGAGGAGAAAUUACGAGAAAAAACGGAUAAAAAUUAUGCUGAAAAAAUUAAUUUAUCCCAGGAACAAGAUAUUUUUCAUAAUGUAAUUUCCAACUGUAUUCACUUAUUGGUUCAAGAUCUUGAAACUGCUUGUGAAUCAUCUUUGAUCACUAUGAUUAAGAUGCAAUGGAGUUCUAUUGAAAGUGUUGGUGAUCAAAGUGGAUAUGUUAGUAAUAUAAUAGCGCAUCUUCGUCAAACAAUACCAAUAAUAAGAGAUAGAUUAUCAUCUUGCAGAAAAUAUUUCACACAACUUUGUGUUAAAUUAGCCAGUUCAUUCAUUCCGAAACUUGUUCAGCAAUUAUAUAAAUGCAAACCAUUAAAUGCAGUAGGAGCUGAACAAUUACUAUUAGAUGUUCAUAUGCUAAAAACUGCUCUUUUAGAACUUCCAUCUACCGGAUGUCAAGUUCAAAGAAAACCACCAGCGACUUAUACGAAAAUUGUUGUUAAAGGAAUGGCUAAAGCUGAAAUGAUUUUAAAAAUCGUUAUGUCACCAACGGAAAAUCCAAGUGCCUUUGCUGAUCAAUGUAAAAAACUUCUUCCAGAUCUUCAAACACCUGAAUUUCAGAAAAUUUUAGAAAUGAAGGGAUUAAGGAAAACUGAACAAAUACAAUUAUUAGAAGAAUUUAAACAACGGAGUCAUUCUGAUGGAUUUUCAGAAACAAAAAAUAUUGUUCAAGACAGUCCUGAACAUGAAGCUGGUAGAAUCAAGAGACUGGAAAAACUAAUUAAAAAAAGGAUCUGAAUUUGCAUGUAUAAUGUGCACUUUGUAAAAUAUUUAAUAUGUAGAUAUUCAUUUAAUAUAUAUAUAUAGUUAUUUAA